UUGGCAUAGGAAAAAAAAAAUAGUGACACGUCCACCCACCCUGUCAAACUUCCACAGUUUCCCUAUUCCUGUAUGAUAAAUUUUCAUGUUUUAACUAUUAAAAAUGCCGUUACGCCUGGAUAUCAAGAGGAAGUUGACAGCGAGGUCGGACCGCGUCAAGUGCGUGGACCAGCACCCGUCGGAGCCAUGGCUCCUGUGCUCCUUGUACAACGGUGACGUGAACAUAUGGAACUAUGAGACACACACGCAGAUCAAACGCUUCGAGGUAUGCGACCUGCCCGUGCGUGCCGCGAAGUUUGUCCCGCGCAAGAACUGGGUCAUCACCGGUUCCGAUGACAUGCAGAUCCGCGUCUUCAACUACAACACGUUGGAGAGAGUGCACGCCUUUGAGGCUCAUUCUGACUAUGUGCGGUGUAUCGCGAUACAUCCUACACAGCCAUACAUUCUUACAAGCAGUGAUGACUUGUUGAUAAAGCUGUGGAACUGGGAACGCAACUGGGCGUGCCAGCAGGUGUUCGAGGGUCACACGCAUUAUGUGAUGCAGAUCGUCAUCAAUCCCAAGGACAACAACACAUUUGCGAGCGCUAGUCUCGAUACCACCGUCAAAGUAUGGCAGCUUGGAUCGUCAAUCUCUAACUUCACGCUAGAAGGGCACGAGAAAGGCGUAAACUGCGUGGAUUACUACCACGGUGGAGACAAACCCUACCUCAUCAGUGGUGCUGACGAUCGCCUCGUCAAAAUAUGGGACUACCAAAACAAAACUUGUGUUCAGACAUUAGAAAGUCACACACAGAAUGUGUCAGCUGUAUCAUUUCACCCCGAGCUUCCAAUACUGCUGACCGGCUCAGAAGAUGGCACCAUCAGGAUAUGGCACGCCGGCACUUACAGGCUCGAGUCUUCCCUGAACUAUGGCUUCGAAAGAGUCUGGACUAUAUCUUCCAUGCAUGGAUCUAAUAAUGUGGCAAUCGGUUACGACGAGGGCACGAUUAUGAUCAAGGUUGGCCGUGAGGAGCCGGCUAUUUCCAUGGACGUCAACGGUGGCAAGAUUAUCUGGGCGAAGCAUUCGGAGAUGCAGCAAGUCAACUUGAAGGCGCUACCUGAAGGUACCGAAAUAAAAGACGGCGAGCGUGUCCCCGUUAUGGCGAAGGACAUGGGUUCCUGCGAGAUCUACCCACAGACUAUUGCUCACAACCCGAACGGCCGUUUCGUGGUUGUCUGUGGUGACGGAGAAUACAUCAUUUAUACCGCAAUGGCGCUGAGAAACAAGGCUUUUGGAACUGCGCAAGAGUUUGUCUGGGCAUUCGACAGCUCGGAGUAUGCGACCCUUGAAAAUUCCAGUACCAUAAAGGUAUUCAAAAACUUUAAAGAGAGAAAGAGCUUCAAGCCCGAGUUUGGUGCUGAAGGUAUUUACGGCGGGUUCAUGCUGGGUGUGAAGUCUAUCAGCGGUGUGGCAUUCUCAUUCUACGACUGGGAGAAUCUAGAACUUAUCAGAAGGAUUGAGAUCCAGCCCCGUCACGUGUAUUGGUCGGAGAGCGGGAACUUGGUGUGCCUGGCUACUGACGACUCGUACUAUGUGCUCAAGUACAACGCCGCUGUGGUCACUCGCGCUCGGGAGACGAACACCAACAUCACAGAAGAUGGUAUUGAGGAUGCUUUUGAGGUUGUGGGCGCAGUGAACGAGAUAGUGAGAACUGGGCUAUGGGUGGGCGACUGCUUCAUCUACACGAACUCAGUGAACAGAAUAAACUACUACGUCGGCGGCGAGAUCGUCACUAUAUCCCACCUGGACCACACCAUGUAUAUCCUAGGAUACGUAGCCAAGGAGAACAGACUGUAUCUAAACGACAAGGAGUUGAACAUAGUGUCAUACUCCCUCCUGCUGUCGGUACUUGAGUAUCAGACGGCGGUGAUGCGCGCAGACUUCGAGACAGCCGACCGCGUGCUGCCCACCAUACCUCACGAGCACCGCACCAGGGUCGCUCACUUCCUAGAGAAACAAGGCUUCAAGCAGCAAGCUCUAGCAGUAUCCACGGAGCCCGAACACCAGUUCGAGCUGGCUCUCUCGCUGGGAGAACUACGGAGGGCGAAGCAGCUUGCCGAAGAAGCGGCUGUUGCCGAAGGAGCCCCGUCUCGGUCGUCCUCGGCACGAUGGUCGCGACUCGGGGCUGCGGCCGCCGCUGCCGCUGACACCGAGCUUACGAAGGCCUGCUAUCAGAGCGCUAAAGAUUACAGUGCCCUGUUGCUGUUCGCUGCUAGCACUGGUGACAAGACGUUGCUAAGGAACGUAGCUCAGAUGUCUUCGGAGGAGGGGGCGGAGAACAUCUCGUUUGUGGCGUACUUCAUGCUGAAUGAUCUCGACGCCUGUCUCAAUCUGCUGAUACAGCGCAACAAACUACCUGAAGCCGCCUUCUUUGCCAGAUCAUACAUUCCAUCGAAAAUGUCGGAGGUGGUGAAACUAUGGCGCGAGUCGACAUCGGCCACCAACAAGAAGCUCGGCCAGUCGCUCGCUGACCCUGAGCAGUACGAAAACUUGUUCCCGGAGUACCUGCAAUCGUUGGAUCUGGAGAGAUUUCAGCGCGAAUACGGGUAUGAGCAGAGUUGCCUGCUAGCAAACUUGCCCGAAGAUUUUAAGACUUGCAAUAUCGACCGCGAUCUCGCUGCCGAGAAGGCUGAGGCAGAAAAGAACGGCUUCAAACUGCCGCCCAUUGUGCAAACUUCGCAAUCCACCAGUGCAGCUGUUGCAGACAUUAGUUUAACUACAUCAGAUUGUCCUACGAGCGAUGCCUCCAGCAGUAAAGCUCCGGAGCAAGUACCACAAGCGUUGCCUUCCGCGCCUAAGAAACGGAACGAUUCUCUCGACAUCAUGGACGAACUAGAGCGCGAGAUUGAUGACAUCAUACUGGAUAGUACGGCCGACAGCGUGGAUCUGUCGGAUGACGCAGAUUUGAUGGACUAAUUUUUAAGUGUAUUAUUAUUAUUGUAAUUGAUUAUUUUAUAUAACAGUACAGAUCAUAAAAUUAUUGUACUUCAUAAAGUGCUAAUUCCUUAUAAGAUUAAAGUAUUAUACAGAUUUGC